AUGAUGUUAAUGAAUAUUGCACGAGAGAGAAAGAUAUGCAAAAUAAUCUACAGGCUAAUCAUAUCUAUGGAAGUCAUGCUUCUUGAUCCCAUCAAUGAAGCAAAUCCAGAUACAGAACAGUGCAUUCAAAGCCAUGAUGCAGAUAGUGAUGAAAACACUCAAUAUACCACUAUUGAGGACUCUGAUAUUGAAGAACAAACAGAACUGAAUACUGAAUUUCCUAAGCUACCUGACAGUGCCGUGUCUGAGAUUACAGGCAUGUUGCUUUUCAAUGGAGUCCAGUACUGUGACGUGUUCAAAACCAUCAAUGAAACUCAAAAUAUUCAUGAGUUUGCAGCCGACAUUUUGAAGCUAAAUGAGAUUCUUUUGAGGCUUGAUGAUCAGCAGUUCUUUGAUUUCUGCAUGCAACAGUCAUAUUUUCCCAGCUCAGUUUUGAACCUCAAGAGUUUUUUUGAAAAGCUAGGUAUUUACGAUGGCUUUGUCUUUAGCAUGUGUAGAAACUAUCUGUUUGAGAUUGAGAAAUCUAGGAGAAACGCUGCUCAAUCAUCCUUGCAUUUAAUCAUGUUGAUGGAUCUUGCAUUUCAAAGCGAUCCACAGUCACCUUCGAUUCUCUUUGCAAAGAUAGUACUAAAAAAUACAAACUAUUUCCAAAGAGUGGUCUUUGAGUUUGACGAUUCGGAUAUCACAAGGAAUCCUUCUGCCCAGUGGAUAAACUGUGUGGCGUUUUUAACUAGCUAUGAAGUUAAUAAAAGGGUUGUUAUGAUGGUACGGUUUUUCAGGUUUAUCGCCAUUCUACAGCAGUUUUCUAUUAGAUGUGGUGCUCCAAACAAGGAGCAUAUAAUUGACAACACCGGGAUUCUUCUUGCAAUCUUGACAAAUGACGUGCUGGGCGCGUUGAAGAGAAGGGCAGGUUUUAUGAAAAACAUAAAGUAUUUGAAAAUGGCUGAACUGUCGGGAGACAUUGAGUUGAAAUUCUCCAAUCCUGAAAAGCUUGUUUGGGUUGAAAUCUCAAACGAAAACAUAGUUGAUCUUGGAGGGCAUAAUAUGAACUGGAUCCUUGAUCACAAAAAUAUUGAGGUACUCAAAAUACAAUCUAAAAAGUUACUAUUUGACACAGAAGAUUUCAAGAAACUAAGUCAACUGAGAAGUUUGAGAGAAAAUGACUAUUCUUCUUGA